AUGGACGCACGCGUUUCGUCUAAGCUUCUUAAAAUCACAUCGAAGGCUGGACUGGCAUAUGUUGGUAAGCUCCACGCUGUCGACAUAAAGCAUUCGACAGUUACGCUUUCUAAAGGUUUGGUCGGUCUUCUUUUUUAAACAAAUUAGUGAGAGUUGUUAGCUCGGCAAAUGGGGACCAAAUAUAUCCGCAAGUUUAUAACUACGUCAUUUUCCGCGGAUCAGACAUAAAGGACGUCUCAUUGUUGGAAAAUUCACCGCACGAUAUUUUAUUGGAAAACGACCUAGCCGUACUUCAUGUCAAGCGUAUCCAAAAUUCUACCUCGGUUUAUUUUAGGUUUCCUUCAAGGACAGAGUGCUUUGUGAUGAAAACAAGGUAAUCCUUAUUAGAAAAACUAGAUUUUUAGAAAACCAUAAACGUCCCACAAGGUACCGAAUUGAUUUCUCGUCGCAUUCUUAGACGGAGCCUGUGUCUGCGUUCAACCCCGACCGUCGACGUUUUCAUCCUCCAAGUAAUCGCUCACUUUCAAUGCUCAGAUUAAUUUGA